UACUAACAAAAAAUUUAUUGUAAACGAACCAACGUAAAUACGCGGAAAACGUUUACAGCCGGUUAGCAGGAACGUGUGAAAACGGCCCAACUUACGUUUUAUGUAGAUAUUCAAUCUAUUCAAUCAAGGUUUCAGUGAUUAAAAAUGGCCCAAACAACAAUUUCCAACCAAUCGACUCUUCUACCUCUCGAGUUGGUGGAUAAAUGUAUCGGUUCUAGAAUACACAUUAUAAUGAAGAAUGAUAAAGAAAUUGUCGGAACGCUGCUGGGAUUUGACGAUUUUGUCAACAUGCUGCUGGAGGACGUUACAGAAUACGAAAAUACCCCGGAAGGGCGACGAAUUACAAAGUUAGAUCAGAUUCUACUAAAUGGGAACAACAUAACCAUGUUGGUGCCUGGAGGAGAGCUAACAGAAACUACUUAAAAAUAAGCAAGUAUUUUUUAGACUCAACAAUUUAUUAAAACAAUGUGGUUAAGCAGA